AUGAAAAUUCUACAUCUUUUUCCACACUUUUUUUGCUGGGAAUAUAACCUUUAUUUCAAUUUUUAAUUUUAUUUUUAUAUUUUAUAUUUUUUAAGCCAAUUGACCACGUGUUACAAAAGUCGAUCCCUCAAAUUAUUCUUAAAUCAAAAUGUUUGAAAACCAUGAGUUUUAGACAGGAAAAUCAGGUUUACAAGUUUCUGCUUUAGGACUUUAGAUUUUAUUAGCAGUCUAUAGUAUUUGAGCUGAGUAUUAGUUUCAGAUUAAUAACUAUUGCGCAUGUCAUAGUUUGCUAAUAUACGAGUUGUCAUUUUCAUACAAUCGAAAUAACCGUUACCAAGGCAAUAGUUUUUGAAAGCAAAUUAAAUACCCUAAAUAAUAUCCAAAAUAAAUUAGUAAAACGAAAUCUAUAGGCUUUUUAUUAAAAUUAGAAAAAAUGAUAAAUUCAUUGCCAAAACAUUCUGGUAGUUAUUUCGUUAAAGACAAUAUUAAUAAUUUACAAUUCAAAAUACAUUUUCGUGCCAUAAAUAAUUUACUCAAGCUACCAAAAUACAAUGUGCCCACAGAAAGCAAUAAUGAAUCGUUUGUCUCAAAAAGAACAAUUGAAAAUUCUCCAGCAGAUGACGAUAAAAUCGUGCUGCUCAAAUGGCAACAGAAAGUGUUCAGUGCAAAUGAAUGUCAAUUGUACAGUGAUUUGAAGAACUGCACCAACGAUCAACAGAAAAAGUAUCAUGAUGAAAUAAUAAAGGAAAAGGAUAGGGAUAAAAAACAUACAAAAAAGAAACGCCAACGUAAGCAGGCCAAAACGGAGGUUGAAGAGACAACAGCGAAGGGAAAUUUUAUAUUCACUUAUGUGCAUGAAGAUCAUUUUUUCCCCAACAAUGAGCAAGUCCACAAAUUUAGCGGACAAAUGAAAGAAGUCGAGGGGGAACCUUUUGAACAGAUGUUUGUUUAUGCAGCUUUAAAACCGGAUACUCAAUUGGCUGUCUUAAGAUGGUUUAAGCAGGAUCGUUUGCUUUACAUAUAUCCUGAUUUUACAGCUACCCAAGACCAGCCUUAUUUCAUAGAGAUCAAUAGUGAUUAUCGCCAUUUGUAUUCGUAUGGCAUAGAGGAUAUUUCGCCUAAAGCAAUUGCCCCACCAAGCGAGCAGGAACAAUUUUUAUAUUUACCAGAACUUCCUGCACAUUGGCGUAUAGAAGAUGAACUUGUUACUAAAUUUGUCAUGCCUCCAAAAAGAACCCAAAGAUGUGCCAUACUCUUUACGAUAAAUGAUGUUUCUGGUUUUGAGUAUGAUAAUGUUCAUGUCCAUUAUCGCAUAAAACUUCCCGAAAAUACAAUACUGGAAGAGGGUCUACUAGAUGCCACAACACACACCGCUUCAAAUUGGGGCUCUAACACAACUCAACACAUUGGUUUAACCUGGCAAAUCACUCUAUUAUGUGAAGAACAAUUUGAUCCCUCCCAAUAUUUACGCAUAUUUUUUGAAGUUAUUUCAAUUGAUUCCUGGGAAAGAGAACGCGUCGAAGGUUUUUCCCACUACAAUCUAAAUCUGUUGCAGCCCUGCAAUAGUACCGUCAAACUAACUUGUAUACGACCAGUUGAAUCACUUUUAGAAUCUAUUAAUCGUUACUUUAUUGGGGGCCGUCGAAAAUUUGAUUAUGAGCAGUUUGUUUGUGAAUUUUCUGAGGACGAAGUUGCAGGUGGUAUGUCUAAUUUUCAUUGUCGUUAUGGUGGACACAUGCAAAAUUCAGGUCAACUGAGUUUUACUUGCCAAAUGUUGACGCAACGUAAUUGUGAACUGCUAAAUCCUUGCUUGAGUCGCUCAAGUGGAAUGACCUUGGACGACAUUAUGAUGGCAUAUAAAGAGGCUAGAAGAAGAUUAGAGGCAGUUGCAUUAAAAUAAUGAUACCUAUGUAUAAAUAUUAACCCUUUAGGUCUUUUAAAAAAGAUUCGCUUAGAUCGGUAUAAUUUAGUUAUUUUAUAAAACAUUAAAAAAGGCUAAAUGUAAUUUAAUAAAUAAUAAUUAUAAUAAAAAACUCGUUUUAAUGGUUUUCCAAAUCUGUUGCAUGUACAUUAGGGUGUCCCGUAUAUCACAUU